CACCGACACGCCGUCUCCUGUCACUCUCUCCCCGGACAAACGCCUCCGCAGCCCGCUGGGUUUCCCCCAACCUCCGCCUCUCUCCGCUCGCGCCUCCAGCUCCGCCCACAGAACCGAUCUCCUGGAGGAACAGAGAUGAGAAGCAGCAGCUGAGGCCAGCUGUGGUGUCGGAACUUCGGACACAUCGAGUGCUUCAAUGUGAUCGAUCACCUUUGUUCAGAUGAUGACGUCCUGCGGACGACCCAAAUGUUCAUGGGACGCUGCGGAAACGGGAGUCAAUCUUAACUCUCUUCAUGCUUCAACGUCUGUCAUCGGCUGAAAUCGUUGGACCGAAGGAUCAUGGAGGAUCUGAACCUCUCCUUCCUGCUGGAGCACGAACGAGACACCAUCCUGAAAGUUCUGCAGAAGGACGAGAAGGUGCGGAAACGUGAGGAGAAAAGAAUAAGGAAGCUGAAGAACGAGCUGCUGGAAAUCAAACGCAAAGGGUCCCGCGCGCCUCCGCAGGAGUCCGAGGAGAGGCUGUGCGGACGAUGCUCCAAGACUUUGGGUCUUAUUUUCGACAGAGGAGACUUCUGCGACCAGUGUCUGCUACGUGUUUGCAACGACUGCCGCGUGACGUUCUCCAGCAGAGGCCAGUGGAAGUGCAACGUUUGUGCCAAGACGCUGGAGUUGAAAGUGUUGACGGGCGAGUGGUUUUUGGAGGAACGGUCCAAACGCUUCCAGCAGGGCGUGACGAGCAGCGACGUGGUCAAACAAACCAUCCUGACCACUCCCAUAAGUAGGUCCACCAGCCGACCUCACCGCGAACAUCUCGUCAUGCUGCUAUUAAGUUUAUUUUUUUUAAUUUCCCUAGCCAUCAAGCCAAAGUCCAAAGAGACAAUGUUGCCGUUUACCGAUUCCGAAAGACUCGACGCUCACAGUGCCGACGCUGCCAGGAGGAAACGACGGAUGAAGGUGGACCGGAAAGGCCUGAAGCCAACCUUGAGGCCCCAAAAUGGAUUGGACUGUGUCAGCGUGAAGUCUGCCUCGGAAGGAGACGCACAGAGCGUGUACAGCGUUCGCUCCGCUCCGUCCCCUCGGUCAACCAGGGGAGGCGCUGUGGAGGCUUCGGGAUUACCAACAAUGCUGAACAACCGACGGUCUCAAACGCCAGACAGAUCUUCAUCCUCCAGCGACAACAGAAGGAUCCGGCCUGACGGAGCAGAGAGCGUCGGCAGCUGUUACUCCAGCGACAGCGCGUCGGAGCGCAGAACCGGAAAGAACGAUGAGACUCCGACCAUCUCGAUCUCCCGAGCGUCCGUGUCAUCAGAUCACAGCCGCUCAGAAAUGGACCUUUCAGGGGCUGGUUCUGAUCCCAGUGAUGAAGCUCUCAGCCUGCGAAGUCGCUCGGUUCCGGGGUUGAAUGAAACUGAGUUUUCGGACGAGGACAUGGAGGAGGACAUCGACGCGCUGAUGUCGGCUCACAGGAAGACAGUCACUCGGCGCCUCAGUAACGCAGUGUCAACGUCCUCCACUCCCGGCUCGGAGAGGAGAUGGAGCUACCUCAAUGUCCCCGACUCCGACGCUGAGACCAGCAGCAUCAACAGCAUGAUGAGCAUGUACAGUGAGACCGGUGACUAUGGCAACGCCCGGGUGAGCGGCGAGAUCCUGCUCAACAUCAGCUACAGCUACAAAACUGGUGCUCUCAACGUCCUGGUGAAGGAGUGUCACAACCUGGCAACCGGAGACGAGCGGAAGCAGCGCACUGACGCCUAUGUGAAGACGUACCUGCUGCCAGACACGUCACGGCAGAGCAAGAGGAAGACGAGCAUCAAGGCCAACAGCAUUAACCCUGUGUUCAAUGAGAAUCUGAGGUACGUCAUCAGCCAUUCUCAGCUGGAGACGCGGACGCUGCAAGUGUCCGUGUGGCAUCACGACCGCUUCGGUCACAACAGCUUCCUCGGAGAAGUGGAGCUGACCUUUGACUCCUGGGAGUUUGACUCCCAAAUAGAGGAGUGGUAUGCUCUGCAGCCAAAGAUGGAGAGCAACAUCGACUCCACGAUGCCGUACAAAGGAGAGCUGACUGUAGUGUUGAAGUACAUUCCUGCUGAGAAGAACCUCACACUUCCUUUGGACCAAAUACAAGAGCCCAUUUGUGUGUAUUCUGACUCAUCCACAUCCUUGUCUACUAAGAAAGUUAAAAAAGGCUUUCUCAAGGGGAAGAAGACCAGCAGCUUCACUCUCCCUAAAGGGGGCAUGGUGGAGCUGCUGGUCAAAGGUGCCAAAAAUCUGACCGCGGUCAAGUCUGGAGGAACAUCAGAUCCUUUUGUGAAAGGGUACUUGCUGCCCGACAGCAACAAGUCAACCAAACACAAGACGUCGGUGGAGAAACGCACCGUGAAUCCGCUGUGGAACCACACGUUUACCUACUGCGGCCUGCAGCCAGGGGACCUCAACAAUGUGUGUUUGGAGCUCACGGUUUGGGACAAGGAGGCGCUCGCCAGUAAUGUCUUCCUGGGAGGAGUCAGACUGGGGGCCGGCACAGGAACGAGUUACGGUAAUGAGGUGGACUGGAUGGACUCGUACGGCGAGGAGCAGCGGGUGUGGCAGCGCAUGGUGGACAACCCGGAGGUCCCUCACGAGUGUACUCUGAUGCUGCGCUCCAGCAUGCGAAAGCACAACACAUGAGCUGCACACAAGCACACCAGGGACCAGAUGUGGAAAGAGCCGUCGCGCAACUCCGGUCCAGAGCCGCCGGUCAUGCCUUAGACACCCCACCCCUCCACCCCCCCGACCCCUCUCAACUAUCUAGUCCGAUGUUUACUGCGCUAUACGACAGAUGUGUUUGUGCGUAACCUCCCGAGCUUAGAGAAUAAGCACACAGCGUGACGUCUUUGUGAUUCAUCUCUCAGACUCAUUCCUGCAUGCUCACGUAGACGCUCUGUAUGCAGCGGAAUAGUAGGAGGAGUAGAAGCACAGGACUGCAGAUGAAAUGCUUUUUUUUAUUGAAGAGAAGAUUUACAUAGCGACUUAACUGUGUACGAUAUGGUGAUUAAAUGGCACAAGAACCGGUCCGGUUCUGUCCCAAACACAAGACGGGGCUGUGUGCAAGCAACAAUGAUGCAACUCCUGCGUUGAACGUCUGUGUUAGGCAACAGGUAGCUCAAGGUUAAGUAAAGAAAAAGAGUGGCUCAUUCAGUCCCUUCGAGCGGUGAACUGAUCUUUAAACAGACUCGGAUCAGGUGAGUUGCAAGGUCGACUUAAAUCCCUCUCCAGCGGCUGUUAUGCCGACAUGUCUGAAAUGAUCCCAACAAACUCACACAAAACACUGCUCAGAAAGUGCACAAUUUCAUUAGAAAUAUCUGAAAGCUUUGGCUUCAACGUUGCCUUUGGCUGCACUAUUACAUCACAUUCUUGGCUCCAUAAAAAGAGCACUAAGACACUUGUUCAGUUUAAAUUCCUGGCAGUUUAUUGCCAAUAAAAUGUAGUAAAUGUCAAUAAAAGUUUGUCAAGAUCAGAGCAAACAGAGACCAGGGCCAAGCUGUAUACAGAGUCACUGUAGACACGCACAUUUGUUUCCCAUUAUAUUUUUCCAAAAUAAAUCCUGAACUGAAAUACUUUCAUGGGAACUAACUAGUAGUUCAGUUUGGUCGCAAAAGGUGCUUGCUCGCGCCAGAAAAAGAGGGAACCUAUCGCCCCUGCUGUUGGAUUUACAUACAAAAAAGCAAAAUCCAAUCGAGUCACAGAAAAUAAUCUUUGAUGUGUAGGUUCACCUCCAAACUUUUUAUGGUGAGCUUUCUCAAACAUUUAAGAAUGAAGAAACAGUGAGCUCCAGAAGUGUCACUUUUCUCAUUCAGGGAAUAAGGGCUAGUGCUCGAGCGCCACUGGGACUCAGCCUCCUGGUUGGUCUUGGCCUCUGGAUGCUCUGCUCUCAACGCUAACUGUUGGUGGCGCUAUAAUUCAGCCACUAACUCAGUCAUUCCAGGUAUUUCCUGGUUGUUGGAGUGACAAUAUUCAUCACCACCUCAGUCAUUUGUGACUGAAGAGACUGCAAGUUCAACUCUCUCCCUGCUGAAACUCGGGGUGAAUGAACAUGGCAAUGUUGAUCAUAGAAAACAAAGUGUCACGUCUACAUCAACACUGAAGAACGUAUGCUAAAUAUCACUUCACCAAUGGCCAUGAAUAUUCAAAUCAAUGUCUCCAUUUUGUCUGGUAUCACCAGAGAUCACACAGUCCGUGUUGCCAAACCUUCGAGAGCCGCUUGAUUCAGACCCAGAUUCAAAUGUUUACAUUCCUACCUUGAAGGUUCGAGCACAUGAAUGAGCAUAUUUAGCCCCAGCACUGUAUCAGUGUGGUGAUGAGUCUGCGCAGACGUGGAAGAACAAAAGCUAAAGCACUGAUAACUGCUCUGUUAGCAAAAGAAAAGUAUGAUUUUGUGUGUUUGAGUGAUUCCAAACCGAGGCCAUCUGAUACCCACCUCAUGGAGCGAGGCUGCGGGCUGCCCGUGGUGGCACUGUCACCCCAAAGACUGUCAACCCUGAGGGCGUUUUUUUUGGUGAAGCUCCUGCCGCUGGACUGCCAGGCCCCAGCAGCAUCACUGCGGUUGAUGUACAGGAACCAUGUUUACUGAUGAUGUAGUUUAAAGGGGAGGAUCGUGCAAUACCUGAUAACUGUAGAAUCUUUUGAUGUACAUGCAUGUAUUUCUGUCUCAUUUGCAAGCAUUCGACUCAAGCAUAUUUUAUCUCAAAUGUGUUUCAGGAAUAUUUUGAAAUAAAAUAAAAUUUCU